AUGGCACCACCCAUCCCGGCGGCAUAUCAGAAACCCGCCGACGAAGAGUCCGCCAAUAGCAGUGAUAAUAACAUCGCUGGCGACAAUGGCAGCAGUCACUUCGAACCAUAUCGCGAUGAUUCCGACGACGAUGAGACGAUCGGUCCCGAUGCGCCGCUGCGUAGGCCUUCCGUCGAAUUCGAUGGCCUGUCAAGGACCGCGACUCCAUCGUGGAAAGAGCGGUUAGUAGGACGCAUACCCAUCGGGCUACGGAAUGCCGGGACAGCAACCGUUACUUGGGUAAAGGGGCCGCAGCCUCCGAGGAUAUACAACAUCACUCCCAUCUUCCCAAAGAUACAGCACAUCCCGAUCAAUCUGCUGGACCGCUAUGCGCCAGCCAGAGUACAUCGCUUUGGGCUGCUUAUAUCUCUCUACUUUGUCUGGCUACUGGUCUUCUCCCUCAUGCUAGCGAGGAGCUCCUUCGCCGCCAAGGUACCAGGCUAUGGCACUCCCGUUCGUCUGAGCUGCGCCGCGAGAUACUGGGGUGAUGGCAAUGGAUGCGGACUGAAUGGCGACCAGUGUCGGCCAUUCACAAAUGUCAGCUUGGCGUUUCGAUGCCCCGCAGACUGCCACAAGAUUCAAGUAUUGAACCCGCAUGCUGUCGGGGACCAGGAAGUGGUCUACAAGCCGCUAGUAGUCGGUGGUCCAACCAACGAGCAGACCGGCUUCGAGGCCGAUCUGGUCGAAGAUGCGGUAUACAGAGGAGAUAGCUUCAUCUGCGCAUCCGCCGUGCACUCUGGCUUCAUCAAGAACAUCGAGGGUGGCUGUGGGGUGCUCACGCUGACCGGCGAGCAGACUGGCUUUCCCGACAGCAAGCGCAAUGGUAUUGAAAGCGUAGGAUUCGAUAGCUAUUUUCCACGUACCUUUGGCUUUCUCAAGGGAACACGCGCGCAGUGUAAGGACCUCCGCUGGCCGGCCCUGGUGCCAUCGGUCGUCUUCACUGUCAUAAUCAGCUUGUUCACCACGGACCCGGGCGUGCAUUUCUGGUCCAUAUUCGUAGGCUUAUUCUUCCACGUCGCGCUUGUCUCCGAUCCGCCGGCGAACACCACCUAUUACGGACUCCUCAGUAUCGCUUGUGGCCGCUUUCUACCCGCUUGCUUCUGCGCUUGGGUCAUUUAUCAAUAUACUGUCAAGCGCUCGCUUACCGGUCUCACGGCGCAGAUCGAAAAGACGAUGCUCUGGCUCGGACCGGCUUGGGUAGGCUCACUGAACAACUAUACCUUUGACCGGAUUCCAAUCCAACGGUUGACGCCGCAUGACAUUCAAGCGCAACCGGGAGCCGUACCUGCCUUGAUCAUCAUUGUGCUAGCCAUCUUCUUGAUCGCUCUCGGCCAAGCGUGGGCUUUCCGGAUCGAAGGUCGAAUGCCGCGCUACUUAGUACUAUAUGGUAUCAUGGUUGCAACUCUUUUGAUCAUGCUUGCCGUACCGGGCUUGGAUCUCCGCAUCCAUCAUUAUAUCCUCGGACUCCUGCUAGUGCCUGGUACAAGCUUCCAGAAUCGUCCGAGUCUGGUAUACCAGGGCUUGCUGGUCGGCCUCUUCAUCAACGGCAUCGCGAGAUGGGGCUUCGAUAGUAUCUUGCAGACUCCGGCAGAGUUGUUGAGAGGAGUGCAGCAGAACACCCUACUCCCUGCAAUAUCGGUCUUGGCAAUCGGCGCGAAGAACAUCACCUUCAACAUGGGUCCUCUACCGGUAUACGACGCGAAAGCGAAAGCUACGUAUGAUGGUGUCAGCGUUCUGGUCAAUGACGUUGAGCGCUUCCGAGGAUAUGGAGACGACCGUUCUUACUGGGACGAUAAUACUGGCAGCGGAGGAACCUUUGCCUGGACUUGGAAGCGACAUACACCCAAGCCCGGCCAGUCAGAGGCAGAAGCGGCUGAGGACGGAGACCUCGACGUACCUGCGGGCCAAUUGCCCGAAUAUUUCCGAUUCGCAUAUAUGGACGGCAGUCGCACGGCGGAUUAUAGUAAGGCUGGGAAAUGGGACGAGGGGGGAAGAUGGAUCGAAAUGCAGCCCGGACCGAGCUUAUGA